AUGAAUGAACGUCUCAAAGCACAAUGCGUCGAAAUAAUGGCAGAUAACAACUUUAACGGCUUCUUUCCGAUUGGCGACUCGUCGGAAGUAUGGGCCCCUAAGAACCCAAAUAAUAUACUGCAGCUUGCCACUCCACACUCAGACAACAAACGCAACGUGUGUCUCAUGGCGGCUCACUAUCCCCACCCAGACGACCCAGACAAAGAAGGCCGCACCGGGAUAUCGUAUGAUCUGCGCGCCCAUGACAACCUCGAUGCGCUGAGGACAUUGGCCAGCAACAAGGGUGUCUUUCAGGGAGUCGAGGACUGUGUGCGCGACAACGUGACAAGCGGCAAAGCUGAUGUCACCAACGAGGACACGAUGAUUCCUCUAUCGGUCAUUUGGGCUUGGGAUAAGGCCGAUAAGAAGUAUGAGCCUACGUCCCUGGUACAAGCAGGUUAG